AUGGGAAGCUGUGAGCUUGAAAAUGUUGAUUUCGUGGAACCGGAUGCAGAAUUUGCUGAGGAUGACUUAUUCGGUUUAGAUGAUAUCAGUGAAACGAAUUUGAACAAGGAAUUAGGUUUGGCUGACACAAUCCUUACCACAUCUUCAUUUCUGGAGCGCGAUAAUUUCGAAAAGGAACUUGGUUGUUCAGCAGAUGAUCCGUUUGCCGAAGAUUUCUCUAAUAUAAGUCAACAUGAGAUUGUAAAUGUGAUUGCCGACGGUGAUUGGGUGGGAAGGCCGAUUGUGGUAAUCUACGCUUAUCGGCUCCCUUCUAAUAAAACAUUUGACCACGCGAAAUUUCUUCGGUUUUUGCAAUUUACGUUGGAUAAAUUGGUUGAGUUAGAUUAUACUAUUGUGUAUUUCCAUUAUGGACUGCGAAGCAAUAACAAACCAUCUUUAAAAUGGCUUCUUCAAGCAUACUCCAUUUUAGAUAGAAAAUAUAAGAAGAAUUUGAAAGCACUUUAUUUGGUUCAUCCAACUCGAUUCAUUCGCAUCGUUUGGAGCAUUUUCAAACCAUUUAUAUCUAUUAAAUUUGAGCAGAAAAUUCAUUAUGUCAAUUAUCUGCAUGAAUUGGAUUCGAUUCUUCGCGUAGAACAACUCAGUCUUCCUCAACCUAUCAAAGAACACGACGUAGCACUACUAGUGUCUUCACGUAUUACACCCAAAUCGCAAUUAACCAAAAGAUCUUGCGCAACCCCACGUCCAACCCAGCAGUUCAAUGUUCCACUGAAAUUUAUAUUAUCACAUAAUCCUGAUUGUGAUGUUCCUCCCGUAGUCACUGAUCUCACUGCGUUUCUGCGAGACAAUUCGUUAAAUGUCGUUGGAUUGUUUCGACGAUCUGCUGAAGUUAAUUCAAUUCGGAAAUUGCAAGAACGUAUUGAUAGAGGUGAACAAAUAGAUUUUUUGAAUGAAGAACCAUACAAAGAUAAUUUGCAAGUAGCAUCUAUUGCUGCUUCGGUCUUAUUGAAGACAUUUUUGCGUUCACUUGGUGAGCCUGUUAUUACCAAUGCACUAUAUCCAAGACUUACUGCUCUCUCAGAAUUGCCGAAGGAUAGUAAAUUGGGAGCGAUCAUUGAAAUAGUGGAUGCACUUCCACUUGAAAAUUGGAUGUUGUUGAAGACUGUAUGUCAGUUCUUGACAGAAGUGGCUGCUCACAGCAAAGAAAAUUUAAUGAAUGCUAACAAUCUUAGUGUUGUUUUUGGUCCAAACUUAACAUGGCCUACAGAUCGCGAGGUUCCGAUAGCUCAGUUAAAUAACCUAAAUCAUUUCUGUUAUCGCUUGAUUGUGGACUAUGAUAAAGUGUUCAAGGGGAAAUGA